UCUUUUUGUGGAUGCAUGUUCUGACAUGGCCAUAAGACAAAUCAAUCAGAGAGUAGGUAUCUUUCUUUUCUCCAUGUUGAUGCUAUUUACAUUAUUGCCACCUGCUCAGGUAGUUUCAAUGGCAUGCAAUGCAUGCGGCCCUGAAUGUGCAAAUGCUUGCGGAACAGCCAUGUUCCGUGCAUGUUGUUUCAACUACAACAGAAAGCGAAGCAUACCAUCAAUGGAUUCAGAGUUUCCUGUCCCUGAUAAUUCAGCAAACCUUUCGGAUGGACUACGAUUUGAUUUAUUGUCUGAUAAUGAGAUUUCUAGUCUGAAGCUCCAAAGACCGAAUUUAUCAUCAAGAUGGCUUAAUCUGGUUGAAAAACUUUCUGGCGGAACUUUGACAAGUGAGAGAAAGCAACAAUACAUUAGAGAUAUUUAUUAAGGACUAUAAAUGAGCAAAAAAUGUCAAUGUCAGCUGACUUUUAAUCAGA